GAGAGGAGAGAGAGAGAGAGAGAGAGAGAGAGAGAAAGAGAGAGAGAGAGAGAGAGACUGGAUCCGAACAGGACUCAACUCUCAUCUGUGACCAGUGUUGUGAAAAGCUGUAGAGAAAGAGCUAACAGGAUGAAGAACCUGCUCUGUCUGACACUGAUGUUGACAUCGCUGUCUGCCGCCAUAAGCUCUGCACAUGCAGAAACUAAACUGUUUCCAUAUGUGGUUACAGAGCAGCUAAGGAUUGUGCUGGUAGGGAAGACCGGAUCAGGAAAGAGUGCAACCGGCAACACCAUCCUGGGCAGAGACGACGCCUUCAAAGAGGAUUCGUCCUUUGAGUCGGUCACAAGAUCUUCCAGUCAACAGAGUGGUGAUGUCCGUAGCAAGCAUGUAGUUGUGGUGGACACCCCGGGAUUGUACGACACAUCCAAGACAGAAGAUGACCUGAAAAGGGAGAUUGAAAGGUGUGUGAACUUGUCUGUGCCUGGACCUCACGUGUUCUUGCUAGUGAUUCGGUUAGGAGUGAGGUUCACGGCAGAAGAGGAAAAUGCAGUGAAGUGGAUCCAGGAAAACUUUGGGGAGAGGGCUGCUAAGUUUACUAUGGUGCUGUUCACUCAUGUUGAUGUUUCACAAGGAAAAAAGCUAGAGAAUGAGUUCAAUACGAAGAUUGAUAACUUGAUACAAAAUUGUGGUGGUGGAUAUCAUGCCUUUAAUAACAAGGAGAAGGUGAACAGGACUCAGGUAGUGCAUCUUCUAGAAAAGAUAGACGCCAUGGUGAAGAAAAAUGGGGGAGAGCACUUCACCAAUGCAAUGUACCAGGAAGCUCAGCGGAAGUUGAAAGAAGAGGAGGAAAGGCGUAAAUAUUGUGCCUGGCUGGGCAAAGCUACUACGGCAAUAGCAGUGACUCUCUUUGGAUCAGCUAAUUCAGCGAUAGCUAAAUUAACUGGGGUUGUUCUGGGAACUUACACAGGGCAGACUUCUGAGGAAUACCUGU